AUGGGCAAGGGUUCAAAUGUGAUAUUUGAUCACUUCACAACAGUUGUUGUGAUUUGGAUGUGGAGAAAAAUACGGAAUUGGCUAAGUUCAGCAUCACAUAUUAAAAGAUUCUGGAAACAUUCAAAGUAUGAUGAGGAAAACAAAGCAAUUCAUUCAAUUGUGAAGGUGCAUAAUGAAAAGAAAGAAAUUGUUGUUACUGAGGCACUCAUUUGUGAGGUUGUGAAUUUUCCGGACGAUGCAGAGUCGCCAACAAGAUUUCCAGAACGAAUGGUGAAAGGAUGCAUGCUCAGGAUGGGAUAUACGGGUGCUCUAAAUGUUGGAAAUUAUUUAAAGUCAGAAUUCCAGAAACCCUACAAGUUUGUUAUUCAUUGUAUAUUGAUGUCACUUAGCCAUACCAAAGGAAGUUACGAUACAAUGCGCGAUUAUCAGAUGAACAUGGUCACUGCAUUGGUGUUGAACAAGAAAUAUAAUUUCUCGCACAUUGUCUUUCAUUAUAUGGCCGAGAAUAUUACUACAAAGAGUCGAACUUGGACUUAUCCAAGAUUUGUGCAGAUGCUGAUCGAUUAUGCAUAUCCAGAGAUUGAACGUGAUUUGAAGGGUGAUUUGUUAGUUCAGUCACACAUGAGCAAUGAUUCUCUAAAGCAGCUUUCUAGAUAUCACCCAAACCAUCCAGAACCACAAGUAGUAGCAGAAUUCUUCGGGUAUAUCAAAGAUGUGAACUACGUUGAUCCUGGUCCAGUUAAUCACCAAAACUGGAGAAAUAAAGAAGAAAUGAAGGAAGCAGCUUAUGGUGAUGAGCUAAAGACUCUUGAGGAGUUCAAAACCACCCGAAAUGACUGGUUUGUCAAAAAAACAAGGAGAAGAGGCAAGAAAGUUACCCCUAAAUCUCAGGAGGGUGGGGGGUCUUCAUCUCAGCCAAAGAAGAAACAAAAGAAAGUGACAAAAACGUUAUUGGUUGAUGAACCUGAGGUAGAUGAGCCGGUUGUUACUACGGAAGAAGAUACGUAUGCUGAUAUUGAUCAAGUGAUGCUUAAUGUUGAUGAUUUAAUGUCUGAGCAAGCAGUGAAUGUGGAAGCUGAGAAAGAGAAGGUCAUUGAUGACGUUGAAGGUGAUGAUGUCAAUAAAAGUACAACAAGCUCUUCGAGUUCUUCAGAUGAUGAAGUAGAUGAGACUGAACGUCUAAGAAGAAUUCAAGAAGCUACAGAGAAAGAAAAGCAGUUAAGGAAGAGAAAGAGACAGGAGAAAGAUGAUUCUGCAUACGUUCCUUCUCCAGAGCAUGUUUCUGAAUCACAAUCACCUUCAAGCGGCAUAAAGAAAGCAGGUGCAAAGAAAAGGAAUGUAUCUCCGAAAAUCAAGAAAGUUACUACAAAGAUUACAAAGCCCAAAAUUGCCUUGAAGAAGAAACCAGCCAAAGAACCCAGUAAACCAUCAACUCCACCACCUGAAUCUACACCAAUACAAUCACCACCACAUCAAACACCUCCACAACAACCUUCACCUCCAAAACAACCAACUCCACCCAGACAAACAUCACCAUUACAUUUUUCACCACUACAUCUCUCUCCACCACAACAACAAACCUUGCUCACAUCUCAAGAAAUAUUUCAAACACCACCACUCACUCAAAUUCAACUAACUCCUGGUUCUUCUGGCCACGGAGGUCUUCACAUUCCUCCAGAUAAUCUUGAAGAUAUUGGAGAUUUUGGCUUUACAAACGAUGAACAAGUGAAGAAAUUAGAAAAGAAGAUGGAUGAAGUGUUGAACGAAAACAAAGUGUUAGCAGUAGAAAGCAAGAAAGUUGCUGAACGUGAAAAGAUUCUCAAAAUACGCGUGAAGAAAUUAGAGUCUGAAAACAAGGCAUUGUUAAAGAAGAUUGAUACUGAUCAAACUAAGAUUGAUUUCUUGAAGGUGCGCGUGGCUGAACUUGAAGAAGAAAAGGCUCGCAGGGAUGAGCAGAACAAAUAUUUCGAGAUGAAAAACAAAGAGCUUGAGGCUGCUAAGGCAUUGAAAGAGCAUGAUUUCUACAUGUUGAAUAAAGUGGUGGAGAAUAUGCUCGGAACGUCAAUUGAACAAAAGUUUGAAGAGAUUCAAGUUGAAGAGCUUAGGGCAAAACACCAGGCUGAGAUUGAUGAACAGAUGAAAGAUAAGGGUAAGGGUGCUGAAAACAGUAUGGCAGCUAUUGAGAGAUCAAUUAUUCCAUCCUUAGUGAUUGAAAAUCCAGUACCUAUAUCUUCCAUAUCAGCAAUUUUUGAAGAACCUGAAGAUGAUGAUGAUGAAAAAGUAUUUUCAGCUAGCAGUCAUGGUUCUGAUAACGACGAUGACGAUGCUCAAGGUGGUAUGGGAAAGUCAGGGGGAGCUGAAGGAAAGGGGGAGUCUGGUGAUGCUCAAAAUGUUGAAGAUGUUGAAAAGUUAGUUUUGAGAUUGGAUACUUAUAGGGAAGAAGGUGAACACUUUCAUACGUAUACAUUGGAGAAGAUUAAAGAAAUGACACGUAUGGUGGAUCCUGAUUUCAAGUUUGAUUUUGAAGAGGAAUUAAAUGCAUUCGACAUCAACUAUCAACCAGAAUACGAGUAUAAGUAUGUAGAUGAUGCUGAUAUGUACGACAGGGUUGAGGUUGAGGAUUGCACUGAUGACGAGAAUGAAAAUGAAGAUACUUCUCAGUUGCCCACACUGAUGGAGUUCUUUACAGAAGAGAAUCGAGAUGAAUUGAGAAGGAAAGUAGCUGAGAUCUUGAAAGACAAAAACUUUGAUGAGUCAGGGGGAGCUGAAGGAAAGGGGGAGUCUGGUGAUGCUCAAAAUGUUGAAGAUGUUGAAAAGUUAGUUUUGAGAUUGGAUACUUAUAGGGAAGAAGGUGAACACUUUCAUACGUAUACAUUGGAGAAGAUUAAAGAAAUGACACGUAUGGUGGAUCCUGAUUUCAAGUUUGAUUUUGAAGAGGAAUUAAAUGCAUUCGACAUCAACUAUCAACCAGAAUACGAGUAUAAGUAUGUAGAGGAUGCUGAUAUGUACGACAGGGUUGAGGUUGAGGAUUGCACUGAUGACGAGAAUGAAAAUGAAGAUACUUCUCAGUUGCCCACACUGAUGGAGUUCUUUACAGAAGAGAAUCGAGAUGAAUUGAGAAGGAAAGUAGCUGAGAUCUUGAAAGACAAAAACUUUGAUGGUACUCCCAAAGACAUAGAAAAGGAAGAACGGAAAAAGUGGUUUAAAGAUAGUUACGAAAGGAAGUUUAAAAGGCCAUUGAAGUACUAUUAG